AUGCCGCAAAAGACCAUUCAGGAUUUGGAUGCCUACAUUAAGGCGACAGCCGCCGUGUACGACCACUCCAACACCAAACUCGUCAGCAGGAAGACUAAAGUCAGCAGGCGUAGGAAGGAAGCGUUUCUUUCUGUGCUUCCAUACAGGAAACCGUCGUCACAUUACCACUCCCAAGAGAGAAAGAAAUCAUCAUCAUCGAUUACCCGCAAACCAAGAAGUAGACCUGCAUCAGAAAGUGCCAUCAGCAACCCGAAACAGAAGCUGAAUAUCUCUGUCCAGACUUCCGAAAAUGCCAACGAUAAUAAUGAUGCACCACAGACGCUUAGCUUCCAACUGGAUCUGGAGACAUCCGUCCAAUCGCUAAAAGAGCUCAUUGAAAAGCAGAUUGGUGUCGAGGCGCGGUACCAGUGUUUGUACAACCGGCAAAACUUUCAGCUCUGUGACUUACUCACACUUGAGGAGAAUGAUGUCGACAAGAAUGAAAUCAUCUCUCUCCGUCUAUCUAAAGACGAUCGAAACUGCAACGAUGUACCAAAAGACAAAACCGGCAUUGAUCAUGAGUACCUAAAGGACUUGUCCUCAAAAGUUGAAUCAUCAAGGACGGAAUUGGCCAAACACCUAGGAUAUGAAGAAGCGGAAAUUGCAGACUUCCAAACCACUAACGAAGGCAGCACUGAAGAGAGCCGUCACAUGCUACUCACUUGGUGGAAAAAGACGACAGAUCGCGACGAAGCAGCUCAGAAGCUAAGACGAGCAUUGGAGGCCAUCGGGUUGACUGAGUUGGCCCAAAAUGUACCGGUAACGAGCGAAUCGAGAGAUGAAACAGCUGAACCCGAGCCAGAAAGGCGUCAAGAUGCAGGAGUAGACGAGGAGAGCAAACAAAACGGGGCGGCAUCAACCGAGGAAGAGAAACUGAAAAACGACGAGUUACCUAAAGACAAGGCCGCCAUUGACGAUGAGUACCUCAAGGGCUUGUCCCCGAAAAUUGAAUCAUCGUGGAAGGAACUUGCCAAACACCUAGGAUAUGAAGAAGCGGAAAUUGCAGACAUCCAAACCACCAACGAAGGCAGCACUGAAGAGAGCCAUCACAUGCUACUCACUUGGUGGGAAAAGACGACAGAUCGCAACGAAGCAGCUCAGAAGCUGAGACGAGCAUUGGAGGCCAUAGGGCUGACUGAUUUGGCCCAAAGUUUACCGGUAACGAGCACAUCGAGAGACGAAGCAGCUGGACCCGAGCCAGAAAGGCGUCAAGAUGCAGGAGUUGACAAGGAGUGCAAACAAAAGGGGGCGACAUCAACCGAGGAAGAAAAACUGAAAAAGGAACAAGUUUUUGAUCAAGACAAACCUCAGCUUAUCAGUCGCAGAUAUUUGCAAGUCUUCAUCCGAGGUAACUGCUUACAAAAACCAAAGAUAACUAGUUUGCGAUUGGAUCCAGAGACAUCUGUCUUGAUCUUAAAAGUGAUAAUAAGCGAGAAAAUUGGUGUGCAUCCUCAGCAACAGCGACUGUUCAUCCGAAGAAACUGUCGUAACUUUGAGCUCCACAACUUGCUGACACUUCACGACUGUGGAAUUCAUCAGGACGAGAACAUCUCACUCCGUCUGUGUACCGAUGGCCUACUGGGCGGGGGACCAAAAGACAAACACCCUGUCGGUGAUCAGUUCUUUCGAGACAUAGCUUCGAAAACUGAAUCAUUCUGGGAACAGUUGGCCAAAUCCCUGGGAUACGGAGAAGACGAAAUCAAGCAAUUCCAAAAAAUCUGCCAAGAAAACAAAGAAAGGAGCCUACAGAUGCUGCUUUCUUGGUGGAUAAAGCAAACAAAUCGCGAGGAAGGAUUUCAGAAUUUGAAGGAUGCAUUAAAUUCAAUCGGGCGUGCUGAGCUGGCUUUAAUGGUCCCUUCUGAAGAGCAAUGGAGGAUGAAACAGGAAGAAGUUGCAGAAAGAGAGAAAAGGAGAGCAUCAUCUGAAGGACGCGGACCAAGACAGGAGGAAACUGCUCAUCGACUACAUCAGACUACAGGGACUACAUCAUCUGAGAAUCAGAGAACGUGCCAGGAGGACGUUACACAUCGAGACAAACACGAAUCAUCGGUACAAAUGAGAGGGGCUCAAGAACAGAGCAGGAAGAGAGGAGCUACAUCAUCUAAAGGACAGAGAGCGAGACGAGAUGAAGUUGCUCAUCGAGACAAACCUACACCAAAGGUACUAAUUAGAGGGGCUAAAGAACAGAGCAGGAAGAGAAGAGCUACGUCAUCUGAGGACCAGAGACCAGAGGAAGUUACUCACAGAGACAAUUCUCAAUCAGAGGUACAAAUGGGAGGGGCUAAAAAAAAAAUCAAGCAGAAUGAGACUACAUCAUCUGAGGACCAGAGAAAGGGACGACAGGAAGCUGCUUAUCGAGACAAACCUCAACCACUGGUUCAUGUGGGAGUGCCAGGGACAGAAAGCAGACCAGAUGCGCGACCUGACGACAAAUCCAUUUGGAAUGAUUCUAAGAAUAUCGGAACACACUGGGAAGAAUUGGCCUUAAACUUGAAUUCCUCAAAAGAAGAGGUUGAAAUAAUUAAGGCUAAUCAUUCCAACGAUGUUGUAAGGCAGUGCUUUGAGAUGUUAAGCGCAUGGUGGAGAAAGCAGGACAAUUACCCAGAAGCAUGGCGGACGUUGGAGAAGGCUCUGGUUGAUUCGGGCAGGAACGACUUGGUUCAGGGCACAUCAGUAGAAAAGCGCCAAUCAAGUGAGGAGCCAGGUCGCAGUCAUACGACAUCACACGAGACCCAGCUUGCUGCGGAUAGGUGUGAGAAGAAACUAAAAUAUAUCUACACUAAUAGGGGUAGCUAUGUGCAGAUGCUUCCAUGGGUCGAUGACGACCAAAUGCAUAUCAUGGACAUCUACACAAAGCUACAACUACAGAAGGAUGAUGAUUAUGAUGAUUUGAAGGGAGAGGAUUACAUCCUCAGAGGUCCUGUCCGAUUUGGCAAAAAGUCCCAUGCUGUUGUUGUUGAUGUGUUUAUUGUGGAGAGAGAGUUCUACACUGCCUAA